AUGCCUUUCACCAAGACUGUCAAGAGCAAUGCGUACUUCUCUCGCUACCAGACCAAGUACCGUCGUCGCCGUGAGGGUAAGACCGACUACUAUGCUCGCAAGCGCCUGAUCACCCAGGCCAAGAACAAGUACAACGCCCCCAAGUACCGCAUGGUCGUUCGCUUCACCAACCGUGACAUCGUUACUCAGAUCGUCUACUCUGAGAUCUCCGGUGACAAGGUCCUGUGCGCUGCCUACGCUCACGAGCUCAAGCGCUACGGUAUCAACCAGGGUCUGACCAACUACGCCGCUGCCUACGCCACUGGUCUGCUCCUUGCCCGCCGUGCUCUCACCAAGCUCGGCCUUGCUGAGCAGUUCAAGGGUGUUGAGGAGGCCACUGGUGAGCACUCUCUCGUCGAGGCCGUUGAGACCGAGGACGGUGAGCGCCGCCCCUUCAAGGCCUUCCUCGAUGUUGGUCUUGUCCGCACCUCCACCGGUAACCGUGUCUUCGCUGCCAUGAAGGGUGCCUCCGACGGUGGUGUCUUCAUCCCCCACUCCGACCGCCGUUUCCCCGGUUACGACAUCGAGACUGAGGAGCUCGAUGCUGACCUCCUCCGCAACUACAUCAUGGGUGGUCACGUCUCUGAGUACAUGGAGACCCUCGCCGAUGAGGAUGAGGAGCGCUACAAGUCUCAGUUCGCCAAAUACAUCGAGGAGGAGGUCGAUGCCGGUGACCUUGAGGAGAUUUACACCGAGGCUCACUCCGCCAUCCGUGAGGACCCCUUCAAGAAGGAUGAGGAUGAGGGUUCCAAGAAGACCAAGGAGGAGUGGAAGGCCGAGUCUAAGAAGCACAAGGUCCAGCGCCUCACCCGCGAGCAGAAGAAGGCCCGCGUCCAGGAGAAGAUCCGCGAGCUUGCCUCCAACUAA